AUGGCUGAUCAGGAAGUGGAUUUGGAUUCCAUCAUCGACCGCCUGUUGGAGGUGAGGGGUAGCCGUCCGGGCAAGCAGGUCCAACUGCUGGAGUCCGAGAUCCGUUAUCUCUGCACCAAGGCCCGAGAAAUCUUCAUCUCGCAGCCUAUUCUUUUGGAGCUGGAGGCCCCCAUCAAGAUCUGCGGUGACAUUCACGGCCAAUACUACGAUCUUCUGCGCCUUUUCGAAUACGGCGGUUUCCCUCCCGAGGCUAACUACCUCUUCCUCGGUGACUACGUCGACCGCGGCAAGCAGUCCCUCGAAACUAUCUGCCUCCUUCUCGCGUACAAGAUCAAAUACCCCGAGAAUUUCUUCAUUCUGCGUGGCAACCACGAGUGCGCCUCCAUCAACCGUAUCUAUGGCUUCUACGACGAGUGCAAGCGACGAUACAACAUCAAGCUGUGGAAGACUUUCACUGAUUGCUUCAACUGUCUGCCCAUUGCUGCCAUCAUUGAUGAGAAGAUCUUCACCAUGCACGGUGGUCUGAGCCCAGACCUCAACUCCAUGGAGCAGAUCCGCCGUGUCAUGCGUCCCACUGAUAUUCCUGACUGUGGCCUCCUUUGCGAUCUUCUGUGGUCGGAUCCCGACAAGGAUAUCACGGGUUGGAGCGAAAACGACCGUGGUGUCUCAUUCACAUUUGGCCCUGACGUGGUGUCCCGCUUCCUUCAAAAACACGAUAUGGAUCUGAUCUGCCGUGCGCACCAAGUUGUGGAGGAUGGAUAUGAGUUUUUCUCAAAGCGGCAGUUGGUCACGCUAUUCAGUGCGCCCAACUACUGCGGUGAAUUCGACAAUGCUGGUGCGAUGAUGAGCGUUGACGAGAGUUUGCUCUGCUCCUUCCAGAUCCUGAAACCAGCAGAAAAGAAACAAAAGUACGUCUACGGGGGCAUGAGCUCCGGCGGGCCCGUCACUCCUCCGCGCAAGCAAAAGAAGAAAUAA